AAUAAGUCUGUCUUGGAUCAACGCCCUCUUUAGUUUUGCCUGGCUUCCCGCCUGACUGAGAAGGACACGCAAGAUGCUACACUGACAUACCAUAUUAUAUUAUCAUUUUAUAACAGACUUUUUCAACACAAUGUUUUGUUUGAGCGCUGGGUAACACAAUCAUGAAGCUGGUCGCAAGGGAUAUUGAUAAAUCUGGCCAAGGGUCUGUGACCCUGAUUCCAGAAGAAGCAGAAGAUAUGUGGCAUGCAUACAAUUUGGUAUCUAUUGGUGAUACUGUGAGAUCAACAACAAUCAGAAAAGUACAAACAGAAUCUGCCACAGGGAGUGUAGCGUCAAACAAAGUGCGAACAACACUGACCAUCAGUGUGGAGAAUAUAGACUUUGAUACUCAGGCCUGUGUACUUAGAGUAAAGGGGAGAAAUAUACAGGAAAACCAGUAUGUUAAGAUGGGUGCCUACCAUACCUUAGAUCUUGAAAUGAAUCGCAAAUUUCAACUUGCCAAGCACUACUGGGACAUAGUUGCCUUAGAACGAAUAGAAAUGGCCUGUGAUCCCACACAGCAUGCUGACUUGGCAGCAGUUGUGAUGCAGGAAGGGCUGGCUCACAUCUGUCUGGUCACUAGUGCAAUGACCCUGGUCAGGGCUAAAAUAGAAACCUCUAUUCCCAGGAAAAGGAAAGGGAUGUGUGGACAACAUGACAAGGGUAUAACAAAAUUUUAUGACCAGAUCAUCCAAGCUAUUCAAAGGCAUGUAAAUUUUGAUGUGGUCAAAUGUGUACUCAUUGCUAGUCCAGGAUUUCUGAAGGAUCAAUUUAUAGAUUAUAUGUUUACUCAAGCCCUAAAAUUGGACAUAAAAAUUUUAUUGGAAAAUAAGUCCAAGUUUCUGGCAGUUCAUUCAUCCUCGGGACAUAAGCAUGCUUUAAAAGAAGUGCUCUCUGACCCUGCAGUAACAUGUAGGUUGAGUGACACCAAGGCUUCGGGGGAAGUCAAAGCUCUGGAUGACUUUUAUCAGAUGCUGCAGAAUGAUCCAAAUAGGGCUUUUUAUGGAAUCAGGCAUGUUGAAAUGGCCAAUGAGCAACAAGCUAUAGAAACACUGCUUAUAUCUGAUGAGUUGUUUAGAUCUCAAGUUGUGGCAACGCGGCAACGUUAUGUACAGCUGGUAGAAAGUGUCAGAGAAAAUGGUGGUGAAGUAAAGGUUUUUUCAAGCCUGCAUGUGUCAGGAGAAC